ACGUGCGACGCCGGCGGCUCCGGCUGCGAGCGGGGCGAUGGAGCGAGGCGGCGGCGGGGCCGCACCGGGCCCGGGCCCGGGCCGGCCGGCCCUGGAGCAGGAGGGCCUCGAGCUCCUGCAGCACACGGUGGGCUCCCUGCUCUCCAGCUACGGCUGGUACAUCCUGCUGGCCUGUGUCGCCAUCUACCUCCUCGUCCAGAAGAUAUCCCAAAGAGCGGCGGUCUGGCCGAGCAGCCAGCCCGGAGCAGCCGAUGCAGCUGUCGAACCUGACGUGGUGGUAAAAAGGCAGGAAGCUUUGGCAGCAGCUCGCCUCAGGAUGCAAGAGGAGUUGAAUGCACAAGCAGAAAGAUACAAAGAAAAACAGAAACAGCUUGAAGAAGAGAAGCGAAGGCAGAAGAUAGCAAUGUGGGAGAGUAUGCAAGAGGGAAAAAGCUAUAAAGGAAACCUGAAACUGAACCAGCAAGAAUUAGAAUCUGGUGCCUCCACUUCAUCGACUGUCCCAAAACCUAAACCAAACAAAAAGCCUUUGCGAAGCGGAGGCUAUAACCCUCUGUCUGGAGAAGGAGGUGGGACUUGUUCCUGGAGACCAGGUCGCAGAGGCCCGUCAGCAGGAAGGAAACAUAAUCUCCACCUGAGGUGCAUCACUUGGGAUUGUGAGAUCUGGGUUCUGUGACUGGCCAUUCGAAAGAUUGACACCAGGCUUGGCUGCACAUCAGCACACAUCUCUACAUUGGAUCAGAUCCACCCUUUUGAAGAUUUUUUUUCUUGGCCUUGUCCAGGCUAAAAAGUGGCACCUUUUCAGUGAUCGGUUUAGCCAAGAGAGUUGGGCACAGUGUGUCUCUGUCCGUGCUACUGAGCUCCUUUCCGCUAUCAUUGAGCGCUGAAAUGGUAUUAUUUUCAAUUGUAGAAAAAGCCAGCCUAGACUUGGAUAGGCUGAAGACUUUGGGGUUUUUCUUUCCCUUUUGGAAUGAAAGCUUAGCUUUUGGAACAGCUCUGCAACCACAAAGGAAAAGCAUACUGCUGCUGGCUGGGUGGUGUCCUGGCUGGGCUGCACCGUUGUAGCUGGUUUUGUGUGAGCCUCCAGCCCAGCUGUUCCAAGGCUGACACACACCCUGCCUAUAUUCCCAGCUCCAAUGCCAGCAACUCUUCAAAAACGCUCAUGAGUUUUUAUGAAGCAACCAAUAACUGAAACAGAACAGGCCUGCUCAACUCAGUUUUAGUGGCAAUCCACAUGUGAAUAUAAGCAUUUUUUGUGGGUUUCUGUUGUGAUGGGCUAGCAGGUAUGCGGUCUCUGUUCUUAUAUGUCUUUUUUUUUCUAUGAUGGUUUUUGUUUUGAAGUGCAUGUCUGCUAAAAGACACUUUCAGUACAGAGCAAGAUCUCCACUGAUAAUUUAAUGAUUUCAUUCCUUUUACUAAUCAAGAAUCUUUCUAUGUGCUGCUUUCCAAGCUCAGCUUAAAUCUUGUGCUGUCAGUAGCAGUAAUGUAGGGAUCGCAAGGAGAACUUAAUUCUCUUUAAAGGGAGUGGAAGGAAAAUGGUACACUGAAAUACAUGGCUAUUCAGUCUAGUUCUAGUGCUCUCUUGCAUGCAUUAAAAUUGGGGGCUACUGUUAGGUUGACCUACAGGAAGCACUUUCAAAGCAAAACAAAUUCUGGGUGUUAAACACCUCUUGAUGUGCUACUGAAGAGGGUGAUGUCCUCCUAGAAACUUGGCUUAAUGCUUCUAGGUAGUUGACACUUCUUUGACUCUUCUGCUUCUUAGGUAUAUUGAAUCUUGAUGCUUCCUUUUAAAAUACACAUUCUAGACUUUUUCAGUGGUUCAUUGACUCCAGCCUGGGGGUGGUAGGUUAAAAAUGCAUGAACUUCCCUUUUGUGAAGUGCAGCUCUUUGAUGCAGCACGCCCCCAAGAGCAGCUGCCGCAACCCAGCUGAUCAGACCUGAGCACUCAAGUGGGUGACUGGGAGAAGAGUUGUGUGCAGAAGAGGAUGUUUUUCUCCUCCUGCACAUCUAAAAAGCUAUAGCACCUGACUGUGAAGGGCAGAUGUGACCAAAGGUGGCGCCUGCCUUGUCUCUGGCCCGGAGGGGAUCUGUGCUGCUGCACUGCAGUGUUGGGCCAUAGGAUGGCAAUAUUGUUCUGGCUUUCUAGCAAGCAGUGACCGGCUGACUUAUUUCUUUGUCCCUUGAACGGGUAUCUUCUGAGUGAUUCAGCUGAGGGGAAAAGUUGGGAUUGGGCAGUGUCAGGACCAGAAGAGGAUAGGGAUGAAAAAAGUGGGUGUGGAAGGAGUAUCUGUAUCAUUCAGGAAAAUGCAACAGUGCUGGAAAUACUGUGACAGAGACAAAUGCUACUAGUUGCCCAGCUAGAUUUUUUCCACCAUGAGUCUGUUACCUUGAAUAUAAGAAAUAUGCUCAUUUUCCAGUGUCUGGAUAGCUUCUAAAGUAUCGGUUUGAGUCCUGGAACUUUAAUUAUUAAACUUUCUGGAGCACUUGGGAACUAGUUCUCUUGUUCAUUAUUUUUAAAAAUAUAGUAAAGAAUAUAUAACAUAGAAAGUGCAUCCUGUAAGUAUUACAGUGUGCUCAUCACUGGGGGUAUGCUGCAGAUCAAAACUAAUGGGAAAAAAGAAGUAGUUAUAAAACAGGAUAGCCUCUCUUGGAGCUUGGUUAUUAUACUACUUUAUCCCAAAAGGAUGAAUCUACCUUGUAUCUACCCUGUAAGGAUACCAAAUAAUUCACUGCUUCAAGUAUGUACCUUUUUCAUUGUUUAAAAUUAUGAAUAUUGUUUUGUUGAUCUGAUUAGGAAUCUAAACUGUGGGGGCCUGUCAAGGGGGCUCUCUCCUGCCAGUUGGUGCGUUCAUGUCACUCACCUGAGUGGGAUACUAGCAAUGAGAUGGAGCAAACACAUGCAUCCUCUUCAUCUUUUUGAGAGUCUUCUAAAAAUUUUCUCAACAAUUCUGAAAAAUUCUGCCUGCAGAGUAGAAAACAUGCUGCAUAAAAAUGUAUGUAUUUGUCUUUGUAUAGUGUUGUGUUAGAAAAUUUGUAUGCAUUUUAUAUGUAGGGUCUAUAACAUAUAGCAUUAACUAAACAAUGACCAAGAGCUGUAUUACUGGGAGAAGGCCUAAGCGUGAUUUUUGGGAAGACUGUGGCAGCAUUCGCGGAGCUGCUGUUUGUCAAAAGGCACUGCAUCCCCAGGCGUGCUCACGCACCCCUUCUGCAAGGCUCAAUCACAGGGUCGCCUGUAUUCCCCGGGGACAAACUGGAGCGUGAGGGUGGUGAUGGUCAACGUACCUGCCGCUGCUCCCUGUCCCGGCAGCGGCAGUGUGACGCUGAGUGUGCGUCCCAAGCGCCGGAGCCCAGAAACGCUCACCUUACCCCCUUUUCCUUUCGGAAGUGCACUCUGAUCGUCCCCAGUGCUGCGAAUUGCAGCUCUGUCCAUCCCCUGGAAGGUGCGGGGUGGGGGCAAUGCGCUAAAAUAAACCUUCAGCAGCAGCAGUGCCCUAAAACAGGAUGGCUAUUUUGGAAUUGAAAACGAGCUCCGUGGCAUUGAACUGUACAGCACAAAUUUUGCCCUACCUGAUUUAACCAAGUGCAGAGGGAAAGGCUGCUGCCUCUCCUUGGUUUUCAUUUUUGUUCUGCCUGUUUCUACACUUCAUCGUUUCCAUGUGUGUUGAAGUCACAUAAAGUUUUCAAUUUUGAUGACUAACUUUUUUUCUUUAUGGGAAGGAUCCAGUUCACAACUCUUCAGCCCCAGCUCUUCUUUUUUUUUAUGGCCUUUUAACCACACUAGCUCUGCCUUUUCCUGUAAGAAGAUUCCUGUAAUUCAUAGGCCACAGUGUCUUUCCCUUGAAUCAGGAGAUUUUUACUGCUGAUUUGGAGCAUGCUGAGAGUAAUCCUGUUCCUGCUAACAGAAUUGCCACAUCUCCCUCUUUUGGAAAGGAGUGGCCUUUUUGACUGUCUAUUAGUGUCUUGUAUUUCAGAGUUAACGAUCAGGCCUGUUUUUGGAGAUGAAGUAGUGGGCACAGGGAAGAAACAGGCAGGCUUUGAUGAAGUCCCUUUUAAAGAAACUUUUGAUUACCAAGUAAAAGACCCAUGCGUCCAGGCUGGCACAGCCUAACACCAGAUUUUGCAGAAAGGGCCUGGGAAAAAUAGUUAUAAACAACAGUAAACCGUUGUAAAUCCUAUGAAGUAUAAGGAAAUUACAGUGGGGUUUUCCCCACAUAAAAGGGAGGGAAAUUACAAGCAAGAUAGGAGAAAAUAUUUUCUUGGCAUAAUGCUUUGGAUUACUUUAUUGGAGGUGAAUGGAAGUGGAAGGUGGAUCCCACCAUGCCCCUCCCAGAGGAGGGGGCCAGGUAUGCGACCCCGCAGUAUCUUUGCAGCAGUAAAAGCAAAGCCUUUGCCCUAAGCAGAGAGCUAUAGCACCUGGCUUCGCAGCUCCCCUUGGUGCCUUUUAGUUCUUUCUCAUCUCUCUUCUUACUCUCCACAAAAAUACAGCCCACUUUAUACAUCUGUGGGCAACUGAAAGGAGACUAACUUCUUUUCUGUUGCUUAUUUGCUUGUUUUUUUCCCUCUGAUUUCUAUCUAUAUAUAUUUUUUUAAUUAAAAUGGCUACAUCUUAGUUUCUUCUGGUACGUUACUUGUGUUACUCAUUCAUCCCGACAUCAGAAGAGUUGGUUGGUGCUGACCUCUGAAUUGCAUCAUUGCAGGAGCAGUAAAACCAUACAAAAGCAUUUUUCAAGAUAUAUCAUCUAGUUAUUUAGAUAACUGGAUUGUGAUAUUACCUACUAGUUCCUGAAAAUAUGACAGUUAUGAUGGAUUUUAACAAUUCUUGUAUAAUAAAUAAACGCUUACCUUUGUACUAUUAA